AACAUUGAUCCAGAACAAGGGUCCCAAGGCUUUGGCAAUCUAAGAGUUAAACUGAUAGAGUCUGAAUUCCUAGGAAGGUCAAAGAAUGGGAGGGGGCGGUCUUUGCAGCCAGGAUGGUCCUCCCGUCCUCCACGCCGCUUCGAAGCUCCUCCCCUUUCCUAGAAAGAGGACUUUGAAUUUCUUAAAAGGGGAAUUAAUGUUUUGCUGGCACGCACGUGGGAAUGAUCCUCUGCCAAGACUAAUUUCUCUAAAGUCACCUGCACCUAGGGGAACUUCAGUCCUUUUGAAAUUAGUGGGGUGAAAGGAAUGAAUUCCAGUGCACCGUUGGAGGCUGGACAUUGGUCCUGAUGCUCUCCUGCAGAAAGCAAGCAAGGUUUUAGGCAUACGUGGGCAGAAUUGGCAUAGGCCUCUCACGAGAGAAGAAAUGUCCACCAAGCAGAAGGCAGAGGUUGAUGCAGGACUGUAUAUCGAGCCUGUGGAAGAGGAAGUGUUAAAAAAUGGAAGCAGCACUCUCUGCCCUGCCCCGCUGGGGACAAUCAGGGAGUGUGCAAGUUGGGCUAUGCCGGGACAGAUGAGAUCAGAAGCUGAGGAUGGAUUGGCCCACACCUGGGAGGUCCAGUGGCAGGAGAACUGGGAAAAUGAGGAGUUGCCGAAAACCAUGCGGUGGGAAGUCACCAAGUCCUCGCUGGUUCCUUCCAAAACGACAGCUGAUUUUUCCAGAAGGCCCCAUGGAGAAGAGGCUGAUGAACCUUGGUUGGGUCUUGAAGAAGGAGUCCCAAAGGCCUUUCCCAACCAAGAAUCUUCGGAGAUGGGAGAUAAGGGAAUAGCAACUUCAGAAAUCCUGAGGAAAGAUGUAGCUGACACCGAGAUCCGACGCCAGCGUUUCCGGCUGUUCUGCUAUCAGGAGGCUAAGGGGCCCCGAGAUGCUUAUAACCAACUCCAGGAGCUUUGCCACCAGUGGCUGACCCCAGAGAAUUGCACCAAGGAGCAGAUCCUGGAGUUGCUGGUCCUGGAGCAGUUCCUGGCUGUCCUCCCACUGGCACUGCAGAGCUGGGUCAAAGAAGGUAGCCCCAAGUCCUGCUACCAAGCGGUGGCCCUGGCUGAGGAUUUCCUGAUGGGACAGCAGAAGGUUGAGGAAGGAGAGGAACAGAUGCUGAGAACAUCCACAGACAUGGCCAUGAGCUUUGGCAGAACAGAGCAUGCUUGUUCAGAGGUCUACAGAGAAAUCAAGCAGGAGAACUGCAAGCUUGCUGGCUCGUUGAUUCCAGGAAGCGAUGAGCUGGUGGAUGCGCUAAAUGUGAGAAGAUCAGAGUUUGAAGUUAGCCUUGGAGAUCCAAGUGAACCAGAGAAACAGGUCAAAAUUCCUGAGGAAAACUGGAAGAGAAAAUCUGUUGUGAGUUCCUGGGGUGAACACCCUGAAAUUGCAACCCUUCAGCCACAGGCGAUAAAGGUAUCUCAGCAGCAUCGCUCUCUGAAAUUAGCCACUAAAAAGUAUCCGAGUAUCCCCAGUGGACCAAAGCUACAUAUAUGCACUGAGUGCGGGCAGACCUUCACGCGCAAAACCAACCUUUUCCGACACCAUAAACUCCACACAGGGGAAAAGGCCCACCUGUGCAUGGUUUGUGGGCGGAGCUUCACUCGGCGAGAAAAUCUGGUCAGGCACAUGCGAGUUCACACAGCAGGCCAUGGAUGGCUGGUUCAAAAUGAGGGAGAACCAACUCAGGCAACCUUGAAAGGAACUAAGGUGGCCAAACUCAAGAGCUAAGGGGAACGAAAGAGAAAGGAGAGAAAAAUGUCAAAAUGAGGGCUGCAACCAUGCAAUUGAAGCCUCUCCCCCUCCCUUUUUUUUUUUUUUUUGGUGAUCUUGACUUUUUUGUUCAUCCCUGGUUGGAGCCCUUAAGUCAUCUCCAGCUGAAAGGUUUUCAAAUCACUGGUGAAAACUUCUCUGCCCAGAUCUUUGGACCACAGCAAGGAGUAUUCAGCUAUUUUUGGACAUACACGGCACACCGCCCAUUCUUUGAACUUUACCCUGGCCAAAUGUGGUGGCCAACCCACCCACUUUGGGAAGUGCAAUUUUUGUGCCAAAGACAUCCAAUAGAUCUCUGAGAGCCUUAAGCACCCAAUUUACUCCCUUAAAGUUCUUUCCCAUAAUGGAAAAAACGGACCAGAAGUUUUGGGCCUGCUGAUUCUAGCGUUUCUGCAUCACAGGUGGGAUUCUUGAGUCCCUUGGAGACCAACAAUCAUGCUGUUCCUUUAGCCUACGUUUGGGUUAGAAUGACCAAAGUCCUUUGAAUAUGGCUUUUUAUUUUCUGAGGCUGGGUUCAUAUAGCACAUUUAAUCUAAUUACCAAAAUAAUUUUCUAGUGGGCAUCAUUCCACCCUGUUCCAUUUUCCAACCACUGGAUUCUGUUUUCUUCCCAGGUUUUCUGUUCUGGCCCCCGGGCAUAUCAGCAGCCUUUAGUCACUGUUGUUUUGCACAUCUCUAUCAUUUUGUUUUUAUUUUAUUUUUAUUUUCCCUUGAUUCUUUUGUUCACAAAUGCAAAAUGGUGGUCUUCCUCUUGUGAGUGAGUUGCACUGAUUUGAAGCCAGGCUUGCUUACCUGAACCUUAAAAAGAGGGAAUUGUAGUCCUACGUGCAAAGCAAAUAGGAUUGAUGGAAUGGAAAGAUGCAAAGCCUUUAGAUGGUGCUGGAUAUGAAAAUAGGAAUAUGCAAUAUUAACUCAUUCAGUCUGGGCUGCAUAAAGUAAUGCAGUUGAUCCCAGAUGCUGGAAAAAGACGGGAACAGUUAUGAAGGUUUAAAAGAAAUGAACUCAGCUUAGAAACAGGAAGAGAAGCCGUUGCUUCUGCGAGUUGGGCAGCCAUAGAAGUUGAAUAAAAUAAACAUAUAUAAUAAAAUGUAACAUAAAACAUAUAAAAUAAAAACAGUGCAAUGAUUAGCAAACAGGGAAUGUAGCUAUCUCAGGGACCUGAUUCAAUA